AUGCAUCUUCUCGUAUUUCUUUUUCUUAUAAUUGGAUGUUUAUGUGACAUAGAAGUAUUGAUCGAUCAAAAAGGUGGAUAUAAUAUUAGUAUAAACACUCGCUUAUGGCUUCGGUCAUCUCAUACAGCUUUAUAUGUAGACAAUAAAUGGUAUUCAUCAGCUGAUAAUUCACUUCCCUUAAUUAAUAUAACUUAUGCACAAGGUUAUGAUCUAAAUUUAGGUAGUUGGAAUGAAACUCGAUUGAUUUAUGAUCUUCUUCGAAAUGAAACCCAUACAAAUAUAGUUGGUCAUAUUCGUCAAUGGAGUUUAGUUUCAGCAAUAACAUUUCAUUUGAAUACUGGUGAUCAAAUUAUGACAAACACAAUUUCUCUCGACAUGAAACAUGUUCGUACAAUUUUUCCAUCAUUUAAUAUUGAACAGAUUGAUAUAAAUGAUCAACGAGGUUAUUUUACAUUUGAAGGAAUUAUGGCAGGUGAUGGUGGCAAACAUGCAGGUAAUUGGAAUUCAUCGAGUAAAGUCAUUCAUUCGGGCAUGGAAAGUGGUCCAGUCGUUCUUUUUAAUUUGACUCAACGAGGAGAAGAUGAUGUGUUAGUUCUUUCACCUUUUUCUCGAUUCAUGGCCACUUCAUUGAGUCAAAAGGACAACAUUUUACAAUACGGUGUUUUAGGUUCAAUAUUAACAAUAUCAGCAAAUUAUAAUCAUUCUAUGAUUGUUUUCUAUUCAUCACAUGGUAUAAAUCAAUGUAUUAGAGAAUGGGGUGAAACUAUGCAACGAGUAUAUAAUCGAACUAAUCAAUAUCGUCUCAACGAUCUUACCAUCAAUUAUCUUGGCUAUUAUACGGAUGCUGGUGGUUAUUAUUAUUAUAAUACAGAACAAGAAAUUAAUUAUGAAGAAACAAUAGUUGAUAUUCACCAACAGAUUCUACUUCCAUUACAUUACAUUCAACUUGAUUCAUGGUGGUAUUAUCAAGGUAUAAAAAAUGGAGUUACUCAAUGGACAGCUCGUCCAGAUAUCUUUCCUGAUGGUCUUCAAGUCGUACAUCGUCGAUUAGAAAAUAUUAGUUUAGCUGCACAUAAUCGAUAUUGGGCAAUUGAUAAUGUUUAUCAAGAUAAAUAUUCUUUUAUUCUUGAUGAAAUUAAUGAAAAAUCAUUACCAAUUGGAAAUGAUUCAUUUUGGAUUGAUUUAUUUACACAAGCACAUAAUUGGGGUCUUGUUCUUUAUGAACAAGAUUGGCUUAUUGUGCAAACAAUUCAUUUUAUACCAACAUAUACUGAUAUUCAUCUUGGACAUCAAUGGUUAAUGUCAAUGGGUGAAGCAGCUGAGAUGAUAGGCAUAAAUAUUCAAUAUUGUAUGAGUUUACCUCGUCAUAUUCUAACAACUUUACAAAUUCCACGUGUUACACAAACACGAGUUUCAACUGAUUAUUCUUUUCAUCUAACUGGUAAAGUACAACAAUGGACUAUAGGAAUAUCUAGUAUGUUUGUUGAUGCACUUGGUCUUGCACCUUUCAAAGAUGUUUUUUGGUCUACUUCAUUACAACCCGAUGCUCCUUAUGAUCCAUCUCCUAUGGAAAUACUUCCUGAACGAGAAAUUCUUAUUGCUACUUUAUCAACAGGACCUGUUGGAUCAGGUGAUGCCAUUAAUUAUACAAACGUAUCACGUGUUAUGAAAUGUUGUCGUCAAGAUGGUUUGAUUUUGAAACCCGAUCGACCACUCACAAUGAUUAAUACAUUAAUUUCUGAUUGGGCUUUUUACAAUAAUGUUUCACAAGGUGAACUUUAUUCAACAAGAACAACAAUUAAUGAUCAAACAUUCCAUGUAAUUUUUGCAUCAGCAAUGAAACGAGAUUAUUUAGUUUAUCCUUCAAUGAUUGGAGCUCAGUCUGGAGUUAUUUGGUCAUAUGAUAAUCGAAAUAUGAUAUCAACUUUCGAUGAUGAUAAUCCUUUAAAUAUUUCAGCUACUCAAUGUGAUGAUUUAUCAAUAUGUCUUUGGUAUGUAUCACCUUUACAUCCACUAAAUGAUAUAUCUGGAACACAAUAUGCUCUUCUUGGUGAAUGGAAUAAAUGGACAGCUGUUAGUCAACAACGAAUAAUAUCUAUUGUUUCGGAUAUAAAAAGUAGUCAAGUCACAAUUACUAUACAAGGUACAUCUAGUGAAAUAGUUCCAAUUGUUGUUUUUCAUACUGUUUUACUAUCUAUUACUGUCAACUGUUCAAUGUCAGCUAUAAAUGGUCAAGCUCAUCUUAUCAUUAGUCCAUCAAAUGUUGUUUGUUCUUGA